AUGUGGGCAGAACACCCACAGCUGGAGGGUACGGACAGACAUUUGCUUUUUUUUGCAUUUUCUUCUUGGCUUGAAUACCAGCUAGAGGGGCCUCCCACAGUAGAAGAAUAUACACCAGAGGGUGGUGGUUCAGUGGAUUAUGAGUGGUUUAAGCUUACAAGGUUACUUGGUGAAGAAAGGGAGGGUCUUCUACACAUGGAGGGAGAUGUGCGAAUUGAACAGAUUCUCCCCGUAUUAAAAUUGCAUAAAUCUUUAAUUGCCUGCAAUGGGAAUUAA